AUAGUAGGCGUAUUUUCUUACACGCGCGACACACAUCUUGUAGGAGCUCCGCCGCAGCAGCAGCAGCAAUCAGAAGAAGAUGGAGACGGCGAAAAUGGUCAAAGAUGUGUCCCCUCACGACUUCGUCAAGGCCUAUGCUGGUCACCUUAAACGCUCUGGACGGGUCGAGCUGCCUGAAUGGACUGAUCUUGUCAAGACUGCUACAUUUAAGGAGCUUGCUCCAUAUGACCCUGAUUGGUACUACAUUAGAGCUGCUUCCAUGGCAAGGAAGAUCUACUUGAGGGGGGGUCUUGGUGUGGGUGCCUUUAGAAGGAUCUAUGGAGGAAGCAAGAGAAAUGGCAGUCGUCCACCUCAUUUCUGUAAAAGCAGUGGUUCUAUUGCUCGUCACAUACUUCAGCAACUACAGAAGUUGAACAUCAUUGAAAUUGACUCAAAAGGUGGGAGGAAAAUCACAUCAAGUGGCCGACGAGACCUUGACCAAGUUGCUGGAAGGAUCUCACUUACCCAUUGAGAGAUUAAUGCAGGCUUGUUAAGGAUGCAGAAGUACUUGAGAAGAACUUUGGAAUUUAGUUUGAGUAGACAUAGAUAUAAGAAGCUAGCAGCGUUUAAUUUUCAGCUUUAACUUUGUUACUUUUGUGAAGAGCUCAGCUUCAAAUUUCAAUGAGUUCACAGGGCUAGUUGUUUUGACAAUGUAAUUCAAUUGAAACCAUUUUAAAUGAUUUACCUCUCUUUGCUUCCA